GAAAGGGAAAAGGAAAACAAAAACCCAUCCACCCCACACUCGCCGGAGCGACACCAUCAUCGCCUCCGGCAGGCAACCCGAGCCUCCCCAUCGUCACCUCCAGCCACUUCACUUCCCCACCCUCCGCCGCCGGUGCCGCGCCGCUUCCUAGAGCGGGCGGGGGACCACCACCAGGUACACCACUCCGUGCCUGGUGUCGUCUUCCCUUGGCUCCUCUUCCAGCUCUCCGUUUCCGCCCGCGCGCCGGAGCUGGGAGGGAGGGAACCAGAUGCUGUUCUGUUGCUCUCUCUCGCCCCCAGGAACCCAAACUUAUCCGCUCCCACCAUUCCAGCAGCAGAGCAGCUCCCCGCGGAAAGCACGCAGCUUCGGCCGGCACAAGAGCAGCAAGUCCGAGAACCAAUAUCUGAGGGCGCAAUCUUUCCGGACGCGAACCAGGGACCAACCUUGGCGUGCCCAAACGCACCGAGAUGAUGGCUACGGCCCUCCGGAGCAAGACCCUGAGGACGAGGGGCACUCGCCAAUUUCCACGGACGCGGAGAUGCUUGCUUCCUGGCUGCGUUCUUGCGGCGCCGUGGCUGAUGUUCGGCGGGUGCACGGGGUUGCUGUGCGGUCGCCUGAUGGUCCGGGGAUUUUUCUGGCUAAUAAUUUGAUCACCUCGUAUGCGAGGUUCCAUGAGAUUCCAGACGCGAGGAAGGUGUUCGAUGAAAUGCCCGAGAGGACUGUUGUGUCGUGGACGGCGAUGAUGAAUGGGUAUCAGAAAUCGGGCAACCACGGUGAGGUCGUCAGGCUGUUCUUGGAUAUGAUUGCCAGCGGGGAGCGAGGUAACAGCUUGAGUUUCGUUUGCCUCUUGAAGUCUUGUGGUGAGCAAUGCGAUGGUAAGCUGGGACAGCAGGUCCAUUGCUGUGUUGUGAAAGGAGGGUGGAGCAAUGUGAUUAUGGAUAGUGCCGUUGCACACUUCUAUGCUCAGUGUGGUGAUGUUGACGGUGCUUCAAUGAUGUUUGAUAAGAUGACCUCUCGUGAUGUCAUCUCGUGGACAACAAUGAUCACGGCUUAUGUGCAGCAUGGGCGUGGGGAUAAGGCCCUUCAGAUGUUUCCGGCGAUGAUCUCUGAGGGAUUUCACCCUAACGAGUUCACGGUGUGCAGCAUCCUCAAGGCUUGCGCAGAAGAGAAGGCUCUAAGAUGUGGGAAGCAGCUGCAUGGUGCUCUUGUGAAGAAGUUGUUCAAAAAUGACAUCCAUGUCGGCAGCGCUCUUGUUACCAUGUAUGCCAGAAACAGGGAAGUGUCUGAUGCUCAGGCAGUGUUUGAUGUGAUGCCUAGGAGAAACACCAUUACAUGGACUUCUCUGAUCUCGGGCUAUGCGCAAAGUGGCCAUGCUGAAAGGGCUAUCAUGUUGUUUCGACAGAUGAAGACGCGACGGGUGUCUGUUAACAACCUUACCAUUGUUGGUCUUCUUAGUGCAUGUGGCUCCUUAAGAUCACUCUGUCUUGGUAAGGAACUGCAUGCACAGGUAAUCAAGAAUUCCAUUCAAGAGAAUCUUCAAAUUGGGAGUACGCUUGUUUGGUGCUACUGUAAAUGUGGAGAGUAUACAUAUGCUGCACGAAUUCUAGAAGAAAUGCCGGACCGUGAUGCUGUCGCAUGGACAGCUAUGAUUUCAGGCUACAAUAGCGUUGGUCAUAGUGCUGAAGCACUUAAGUCAUUAGAUGAUAUGUUAUGGGAUGGCGUGACUCCAAAUACCUACACUUAUUCCUCAGCUUUGAAAGCCUGUGCGAAACUAGAGGCUCUGCAAGAUGGAAGGAGGAUUCACGGUGUUGUUAACAAGACUCCUGCCUUCUCAAAUGUGUUUGUGGGAAGCUCAUUGAUCGAUAUGUACAUGAGGUGUGGAAAAGUCGACGAAGCUCGACGAGUCUUCAGCGCCCUGCCAGAACACAACUUGGUAACAUGGAAAGUGAUAAUUACAGGAUUUGCUCAGAAUGGCCUCUGUGAAGAGGCUUUUAAGUAUAUGUACCUAAUGCAGCAACAAGGGUACGAUGCUGAUGACUUUAUGCUUUCAAAAGUUCUGACAUCAUGCGGUGAUCUUCAAUGGAAGUCAGAUUCCAUCUCUUUUUCUGGCUCGAAUACUGGUUCACUCAGAUAGGUAAAAUUUCCUGUCUGAGUUAAUUUCUGGGGAUUAAUUUGUACAGAGCUCUUGCAGUUAGCUUAACUAUUUAUGCUACUAGUAGUUCUCCGCAUACUCUGUAUCGGUUAUCAUGUGAUGUGAUUGCUUUCGAGAUUGAGCAAUCACACAAAAACAAAUAUUGAUCUGUUUUA